AUGAACCUGAAGUUGGGACUUGAGCACCAAGGGGCUUACAGCUGGCAAAUCGUUCACCCUUUGCAGGUCUUGGCAGGGUUCCUGCAGACGCUGGACCGAAGGGAAGCCACUUGGUUGUGGCUGCGACAGUUCUCCCACCAGGACAGAGAGCUGAGGAAGGGGGCAGCCUUGCAACAUCACCAGAUGGGAGAAAUAUCACUCGGUGGAAGUGCCCAGCUGUGCGUCAAAGGUCUGACCUGCGUGUGGCCAAGUCUUGCACUGAUCCUCCUGGUACUUCUGGGCGCUUGUGCACAGCAAUGUCCCUCAUCCUGUGACUGUUGGAUGUUAAAUGGAACUGUUGUCUGUCAUGGGAGGGAGCUCACCGCUGCACCUGAAGGAGUUCCCUUGGAGACCAAGGGGCUGGACAUCAGCAGGAACCUCAUCACCUCCGUCAGGCUGGGCCAAUUCAGUGAACUCUCGGAGCUGGAGAACCUGGACCUCAGUAGCAACCUCAUCUCCAACAUCGAUCCGGGGGCUCUGGGUGGCUUGCCUCGCUUGCGCACACUGCGGCUGAGAAACAACCGCCUGAAGACCAUCUGGCCGGGUGUGUUUGGAGCGAUGGCCAACCUCACCACGCUGGACAUCCGCGGGAAUCCUUUGGUCAUCCUGCUGGACGAGACCUUCGGAGCGCUGCCCAACCUCCGCCAACUAGAGCUGGGGGGGGAGCUGGUUUAUGUGGCGCCCCGGGCCUUUGUUGGUUUGAGCAGCCUGCAGCGCCUCACCCUGGGGGUGACCAAUUCCAGCAGCGUCCCCACUGCCGCACUGUCUCACCUCAGCAAUCUGAGAGCGCUGAGGUUCCAUGGGUUAAACGUUGCCACGCUCCAGGACAAUUCCUUCCAGCACUUACGCAACCUCCGGGUUCUGGAGAUCGAGCAAUGGCCGAGGCUCGGCACUCUGAAUCCAGACUCCUUCCACGGCCUCAACCUAACUUCGCUGUCCAUCACCAGGUGCAACCUCACCUCGGUCCCCUACCACUCCGUCAAGCACAUGGUGUAUCUCCAAGUUUUAGAUCUGUCCUACAACCCCAUCGCGGUGAUCCAAGGGAACUUACUGGGGGAGUUAGUCCGCCUCCGGGAGCUGCUUCUGGUCGGUGGGAAGCUCUCUGUGAUUGAACCUUCUGCCUUUCGGGGCCUGAGCCACCUCCAGACACUCAACGUCUCUGGCAACCGGCUGGAGACCCUGCAGGAGUCGGCCUUCCACUCCGCUGGGAGCCUGGCUACCCUCCGACUGGAUGCCAACCCGCUGGCCUGCGACUGCAGGCUCCUGUGGAUCAUUGCAAGGAGGGCACGGCUGAACUUCGAGGGCCGCGAGCCUGUUUGCGCCAAGCCUGAGCCUGCCCAGGGCAAGGCGUUCAAAGACUUUGGGGCCAUCGUUCUGCCCGGCUACUUCACCUGCAGCAGAGCCAGGAUCCUGAGCAAGAUGGUACAGCUGGCCACGGUGGGCGAAGGGGAGACAGCCAGCUUCCAGUGCCAGGCUGAGGGGGACCCAACCCCCGCCAUCCAGUGGUCCACUCCUCAGCAACGGGUCCUGAGCAGCGGGCAACGCGGCAGGCUCAGGGUACGUGGCGAUGGCUGCCUGGAGAUCUGGUAUGCACAGACGCAGGAUAGUGGCACUUACCAGUGCACUGCCAGUAACGCAGCGGGCAGCGACACCACCAGCGCCGUCCUCCAGGUCCGAAGCUUCAUGCCAAACGUGACCCUUGACCUUUCCACUCGGCAGCCGGAGGUCGACGCCAGUCACAGCUCCGUCCUGGACGAAAAGACCCUGUCGAUUGUCAUCAUCAUCGGUUCGGUGUCCUUCCUAAGUGUCGUUGCCCUUUGCUUCACGCUGCUCCUCUUUUGGAGCAAGGUGAAGGGGCCCAUUAAACGCACCAGCGAGGUCGAGGUGCCGUUUCAAUCCAGUGGCACAGAUGCGCAGUCAGAAGCCAUCAAGUACACCACAAAAAUGCUCUGA